AUGCCCAGCUUAUUUUCUCGUUCUCGCACAACUUCCACACCCCACAAAGCGAACAGGCCAUCGGCAGACGACGUUGUCUACGACGAGUUCGGGCGCGUCAGCAGCCGCAGCUCAAAUCGUGGCGUCGUUUCGCUACCCGGAAAGAAGGACAACAAGAAGGACAAGGACGCGCGCGCUCGCACCUUCAGCACCGCAAAGGGCAGGGCCAGCACAACCGUCGACGACGACGAGCCACCCAUACCCGACGGCAGCUUCCUCCCCCUCACCAUCGAGCCACCGAGGCGAGCAGAUCCCGAGGGCGGCCCCCCACGCGAGCGCGAGCAGGACUAUGGCUACCUCUCUUACCAGCGCCACGUCGUGCUCGGCCUCGACGAGGCCGACCGGCUCGUGCGCACGCUGACGGACGAGCUGGGCUCGCGGGGGCUCACGACGCCGUUUAUCUUUUCCAGCCUUGCGCUCGAUAUCAGCGCCGCGGGCGUGCGCCGCCUGGUGCAGGCGUUUCUACGGACAUGCGUGCCUUUCCCCGCGCCGGACGCGGACAAGAAGUGGAACGAAGAGGCGAAGUUUGCGGGCCCCCAUGAGCUCGGAAUGUGCUUGCGUUGGGGCCUUGCGCGGGUAGUCAGAAUCGUCGGCGGGAACGCCGUGCGCGGGCUCGUCGGGUGGGAGAACUACAUCGAAUGGAGCGAGGCUGAAGUCGCUCUCAGCUAUCCAGCCACCCACUUUGCGUCCUUUUUGGCCCCUUUGCAGCCCGUCCUGCGCUCGAUUAUCAUCAAUAUACUCACGCUCCUUGCGCGCUUCACUGCACAUUCUGCAUCCUCAGGUCACACGCCGCCCACUCUCUCGCCACUAUUCGGUCCUCUUCUCUUCGGCCUCGGCCCCGCGACCCUUGCAUUCCACCAUGCCUAUGUACACUACCUUCGCGCGACCAACGCCAUGGAGCACCUUCUCCUCGCAUUCAUACGAUGGCAAGAUGCACCGACGAACGGCUCGAAUAGUAGCGUCGGGCAAGGCAGUGCUGCAUCGAUGGGUGUGCCCACUCGCCUCAAAGAUUGGAUUCGCGGAUACCCCGCGAUGCUGCCCACCGCUCGCAACAAGAAGGAUAAGCUGCAGCCCCGGCGCGGGGCCCGCACAGUGCGUGUGGUCAGCGUGCGGCGCAACGUGCGGUUGUACACGCCGGACCUGGUCAAAACUGCCGCGAGCUGGGGCGUACGUCCUGUCCAGACGCAGAGCGCGAGCAAUGGGUUGGCUUCGUCGAGAGAGUGGGAACGCGUGGCGCCGUCGACGCUGAAGUUGACCCCGCGGUAUGCAGACGGGUACAAGAAGCGCAUGAACCUGCCGGCCAACUUCCAUCCAUACACGGCCGCGGGGUCGAACCUCUCCAUGUCGUCGACGGCAUCGAGCAAGCUUUCCACUUUAGUGGAGGACAGCGAUUACUUUGGGCUGGGCAAGGGCAAGGAGACGAGCCUGAACGAGGAGCGCUUCCGGAGUCUGACAGACCUCAAGUGGGGAGAGUUCGAGGCGAUGGGGUUCGGCGGGCUCGGCACGGAUGAGAAAAAGCUGGAGUUCGAUCUUACGGAGAGCGCGAGGACAUCGAGGACGGCGAAACGAUCAACCUUGACAUGGUCGGAUUUCUCCAGCUCAGGAUUCUCACGCACAGACGCUCCGCUCAAUGCAACGCUGCAGUUCAGUACGCCAGUUGCGAAUACGAUCCAGACUUGGCCGUCGCAGCAGGUCGAGAUGACCCGCAAGCUGAAGAAGACGCAGCGCGCACUGCCGCCAUUCGGGUGGGACACGGAGCCCGUCGUGGGCUCGGAAGAAGUCAUUGAGGAAGCAUUCAUUGAUGUAUUCUGCGAUCUCGUUUACGGCGGUGGAUGGAUGGACUUGGAAAGGGAAGAGGAAUUGGAUAGGGAAUGCAAUUGGGCACUGGUCGAGUUCAAGGCUCUACCUGUUACCCGAUCGACGACAACACCAGGCGGUAAUGACCCACGAACGGCAGGCAUCGUGUUCCUAUUCGAAGAAUUUGUCCCGGCCGAGUACAGACAGCAGCUCUCCAUCAACGGACAGGGAAGACGACGACUGGCCUCUCUAUUCUCUCCCAGCAAGUCUAAGCAGUGGAAACCUGCGGCAACUCUUAACGGUCGGCCGUACGUGAUUGGCCACGUCCCGAAGAGCCCUUCUUAUCGUGAAGUCGAGUUCGAGGGCAUCCUGCGCGGGGGUCAGAGCCAAACAAGGCUCCUCACGCUUGAUGGCAAAGGCGGCGUUAAAGCGGCAGUCACGGCUAUUCCUCAGACGCCUCAGACGCCUCAGACUGAGCGCGGCAGCACGCCUCGCGGGGGCGUUAUUUCUGGUCCACUUUACCUUGGCACACGGUCGAACACCCCGACGCAAGCACGCACACCAAGUCCUCUUUCCCCUCCGGGUGGCCGACCGCCGCGAUUUCGGCUCCCCUUGAACUUGACCACACCGGGGUACCGCAAGUCUGUGAUUCCUCCUUCUGAGUACGAGAACGUGGAUUUUGAAACGCGGCUGGCGAGUUACAGUGACGACGAGCUCAACAGUGGCUCCUUGACGCCCGGAGGAUCGUCCAAGCACGACCGACGCAUGUCCAAGGACGAUGCGUGGGUUGACAUCCUCGUCGCGAAUCACGGGCGGAGGCUCGGCGGACAGGAUGCGGAGGUGCGCCGGCGGGGACUUCGCGGCGGCGUCUCAGACCCGGAGCUCGCGAGCCAGGAGGUCGCACAAGCAUUAGCGGGCGUCCGUACGCAUUCUCCUGCGUUCGAAGAAGAGGACGAGGAUGCGGAAGGCGAGAGCGAGAUCGAAGCCAUGCAUGUACCUGGCCAAGACACAGAAACGCUCGACGAGGCGCGGACGGAGGGCAGUCAGCAUCUGGACGGCGAAGAGGAGGAUGAGGAUCGCGCUGCGUCGCUCAUCUCGUCAACUAGGCGCCGGCCGGGCUAUUUCGACCUCCAUCCUGAGCGUCGACCGGCCGGCGAGGCCGACGACCCCCGUGCGCGCCUUGCGAGGCGCUCGGUUGACAGCGACGAGAUGGGCAGCGCAUACCGCGGGUCUGCUCGGGCCCCAAGAUCGAUCAAUGCGUCCGACGUGAGCGAUUUUGAGCCCGUCGAUGGUCACAUGUCGCCUGUCAUGGAUACGCACGACUAUGACCUCGGUAUGCGUCCGAGAGACCUAGACGUUGAGCCUUCUCGGGUCGAAUCGAUGACGCUCCCCUCACUGUUUAACAACUUCAAUGCGAAUGGCAACGGCACUGGUAACGGUACUGGCAACGGCACCGUCACGCCCACAGAUAGCAACAGGGAUAAAGGCGCGAGCAAAGUCGCGACACGCACGGCCGCGCUUAUCGAGAUGUACCGCGAACGUGAGCGCCAGGCCGUCCCCGUCCCUGGUGCUGCCGUCGCUAAUGCUGCUGCUGCUGUCACUCCCGCGCCAUCUCGCAUCCCACGUCCCCAGGGAGCGGCACCCAAGGAGGAGGCAGCUCUGCCUCCCGCGCCCCCGCGUUCCCCAUCGCCGCCCGCGUCGGUCAUGACGGCGGAAAGCGAGCUGACGCCGUCGAUCUUGGAGGUGGAUGAUGGGCGUGAUAGCCCCUACCGGUAUGUGCACGGCGCGCCGUUGCACAACGUUGUCGAGGAAGAAGAGGAAGAAGUGUAAUCGCCUCCUGGGCGCCCGAUGGCGUCUCGUGCCUGUUGUUUGUGAUUCCCUUUUAGCUGUUCAUGUCGAAGCUUGCGUGAAAAAGGUUACCCUAUCCCAUCCUGAUCCACUCGUUCAUAAUAUGUUCUCCGCUUGUCCUCUUUCCUCUCCUCUCCUUGUGACUUCCUAACGUUACUUCACCCUGACACUCACUCUCCGUCGCUCACUGUACCCCGCUCAAUUUACCGAUCGCUGGGGUGUUUACCUUCCACCUUCCAUUCUCUGCUUCAUAUAUGCCUUUCCCCAUUUUUCUCUUCUCUAUGCCGCGCUGGGUCUAUGGUUCCCUCUUUAUAUUGCUUCUGCUUCUCUUCUCUUUCUUUUUUCUUUUCUAUCAGUCCCUGUUUGUGCUCUUGAGCCAGACACGCGUCGAAAGUCAGGCUCCUAUGCAUCCCUGUGAUGCGAUACCACCCGGAGCCCUGACCUUGACCUCUUCCUUCCGUCAAUCGUUGGAGUUCGUAAGAAACCAGAUGGUACUUAUUGCGUAUACGAUACCAUACACACAUAUACAUACCGCACGACUUCAUACCUGUCACUCC